UUUCCCGCUGUUCUACAAUAGUGAUAGAACCACCACAGAGCAGCUGUUGUUUGGAUUGUGGGUCAUUCUCAGCACUGCAGUGACUCUGAUUAGCAUGAUGGUGGUGUAUUAGUGUGGAUUAAACACAGCAGUGCUGCUGUCUUUUUUAAAUACUGUGUUUAAUCUCCUAAUAUACACUGCCUGGCCAAAAAAAGUCUCUGCCUAAGUAGCUAAGUAAAUGGUUUGGGGUUUGAUGCUGCAGUUGGUCUGCAGGUUUAGGUUCAGCAACAGUAUGUGCUGAAAGAAUGAGGUCAGCUGACUACCUGAAUAUACUGAAUAUAGACCAGGUUAUUCCAUCAAUGGAUUUAUUUCUUCCCUGAUGGCACGGCCAUAUUCCAAGAUAACAAUGUCAGGAUUCAUGGGGUUGGAAUUGUGAAAGGGUGGUUCAGGGAGCAUGAGAUCAUCAUUUUUACACAUGGAUUGAGAGAGAGUUCACCACAGAGUCCAGAUCUUAACCUCAUUGAGAAUCUUUGGGAUGUGCUGGAUGGAGAAGAGAGACUUUGUGCAGUGGUCAGACUCUACCAUCAUCAAUUCUGCUGCAAGAUCUUGGUUAAAAAUUUAUGCAACACUGGAUUGAAAUAAAUCUUGUGACGUUGCAGAAGCGUUUUGAAACAAUACCACAGUGAAUGCAUGACACAAUCAAGGCUAAAGGCCAUCCAACGAAAUAUUAGAGUGUGUGACCUUUUUUUUGGCCGGGCAGUGUAACUGCUCCACUUUGUAGAUGUAAGGUCAGAGAUAGAAGCUCAUCUGAUGCAGCACAGUUUGAGUUUGAGUUUACCACAGUCUAGUUUUUCAUCAGUACUCAAAGGAUUCUUUCGGUAGGAUUUUUGUGAUUGGACUAUUCUCAGUCUAGCAGUGAUACUGAGGUGUUUACGAACACCCGCAGCACUACUGUACUGAUGUUCUGAUACAUCAGCUCACAGAUGCAGCCUUGUGCUGAUCCACAUCACUCUUUUGGAGUGAUGUGGGGAAAAAUAGCGCCAUCUACCCACCCAAAAAGAGAGCAAAGCCAAUUGUGCUCUCUCAGGGCUUUGGUAGCUGAUGGCAAGCUACAUGAACAGAAUUCGAACCGGCAAUCUCCUGAUCAUAGUGGCAGCACUUAGCCUAAAAUGUGUGUAUUAAGUAUGUGAGAAUUUAAGUAUGAUUAACUCCAUCUCUCUGCAGGUAUGGUGGGCGGAGCCAGUGCUGAGGGGUGGAGCUGUGAGCAGGUGUCGGUCUGGUUGAAGAAGGAGGGUUUUGGUGAAUAUGUGAACCUGCUGUGUGUGAAACACCGGCUGGACGGCGCCGGACUGCUGAGCCUGACCGAAAACGACCUGCGCUCGCCUCCGCUGCAGCUCCCCCUACUGGGCGACAUCAAGCGGCUCACCCUCGCCCUACAGAGACUGCAGAGACAGCACACACACUCUCACACACACUCACACACAACCAAUGGUGUGUGUCGGUCAAAUGCACCUGGACCUGAGCGCCGGUUCUGUAACGGUGGAGUGACUGGAGAUGGUAACGGGGUUGCCACAGCUCUGUCGGUUGUCGGGGAGGGUGGCUGCCAUGGUUACUCGAACGGGAAGUGUAAGCGGCACUGCCGGUUUGAACCAGAAUCCUGGAAAACGGCACUGAUAUUUGUUUAUGUUUCGCUGGUGUUUGGAAUGACCUCUUUCAUCAUGGUGCUGGUGCAUGAGAAAGUGCCCGAUAUUCACACCUACCCCCCACUGCCCGACAUAUUCCUCGACAGUGUUCCCAGAAUUCCCUGGGCCUUUGCCAUGGCCGAGGCCUGUGCAGUCAUCCUGGGCUGCAUACUGCUGCUCACACUGUUGCUGCACAAACACAGGUGUAUACUGUUCCGGAGGCUGUGCAGUCUGAUGGGGACGGUGUUUCUGCUGCGCUGUGUAACCAUGUUUGUCACCUCACUGUCUGUCCCGGGACGUCAUCUGCAGUGCUCUGGAAAGGUGUAUGGUGAUAUCUGGGUGAAGCUCCGGCGGGCGGUGGAGAUCUGGGCGGGGUUAGGAAUGUCGCUAACGGGCGUUCACACCUGUGGAGACUACAUGUUCAGUGGACACACCAUCGUCCUCACCAUGCUCAACUUCUUCAUCACUGAGUACACCCCCCGGAAGUGGCACCUGGUGCACACGCUGUCGUGGGUGCUGAACCUGUUUGGGAUAUUCUUCAUCCUAGCGGCUCAUGAGCAUUACUCCAUCGACGUCUUCAUCGCCUUCUACAUCACCACCCGCCUGUUCCUGUACUACCACACCCUGUCCAGCACCCCCGCCCUCCAGCACAGCCGGCGCGCCCGCAUCUGGUUCCCCCUCUUCUCCUUCAGCGAGUGUAACGUCAAUGGACCCGUCCCCAACCAAUACGCCUGGCCCUUCCCCCGACCCAGACUCCUCAAAUCACUCAUCGGCUAGAGGGAGAGAGAGAGGGAGAGAGAGAGACACACAGAGACAGAAAGAGAGAGAUUUUUACAUUUAGAAUUAUGAAAUUUGACCUCUCUAGACUCCACCCACUUCUGUACAGUUACUUUAAAGGACACUGUUAACAAUCCCAUUCAGCCCUAAAGAGAGACUGUAGCUCCUUUUUCUGAGUGUAUAUCACAAUACCUACAUUUAGAGUGUUGUUAUUAUUAUAUAUUCUAUUCACCCUAAUGAGAGACUGUAGCUCCUCUUCCUCAGUGUAUAUUACAAUACCUACAUUUAGAGUGUUCUUAAUAUAUUAUGAUAUACAUUAAGAAAGAGCUACAGUCUCUCAUUAGAGUGAAUAUAUAUUAAUAACACUCUAAAUGUAGGUAUUGUAAUAUACACUGUGGAGGAGCAGCAGGCUACAGUCCAAUAUACUAGCAUUUGAAAAGCAGAAGAGCUAGUGCUUAGCCACUAAUGCUGCUCCAGCAGUGCUAGCUGGGGUUAGCAGCAGGCUACAGGCCGAUAAUACUCACCUGUGAACGGUAAAAGAGUUAGCGCUUAAUAACACUCUAAAUGUAGAUAUUGUGAUACACACUGAGGAGGAGGAGCUACAGUCUCUCAUUAGAGUGAAUAUAUAUUAAUAAUUCUCUAAAUGUAGGUAUUGUGAUAUUAUACACUGAGAAUGAGCUACAGUCUCUCAUUAGGGUGAAUAGAAUAUAUAUUAAUAACACAAAAAUGUAGGUAUUGUGAUAUUAUACAUUGAGCAGGAAGAGCUACAGCUGUCUCUAAUUAGUGUGAAUUGUAUUAAUAACACUCUAAAUGUAGUUAUUGUGAUAUACACUGAGGAGGAGGAGCUACAGUUUCUCAUUAGAGUGGAUAUAUAUUAAUAACACUCUAAAUGUAGGUAUUGUGAUAAUAAACACCAAGGAGGAGCUACAUUCUCUCAUUAGGGUGAAUAUAUAUUAAUAACACUCUAAAUGUAGGUAUUGUGAUAUACACUGAGGAGGAGCUACAGUCUCUCAUUAGGGUAAACAUAUAUAUUAAUGAUUUUUUAAAAUAUAUGUACUGUGACAAUGAGCUGUUAACAGUGUCUUAUAAAGCUUGUUUAACUAAGCAACAGUUAGUACAGAAGGGGCGGAGUCUGAAGAUGGUCACUGAUUAUGUUAAACACACAGAGAAGAUCAAAGUUCAGGACUGAUGUCCGGAUUUAGUUUGUUUACAGUGUUUAUCUGUUUUAUCACUGUCCGUCUUCCUGCUAUCGGCUCAGUGCGCUGAGAGGCGGGGCUAUUUAUUAUUUUUAAUAUUGUUCUUAUUAUUGAUUUCUCUAUCAGUGGUGAUCAGUUGUGGUUUACAGGGUAUUCUGUAUUCUGAAACUGAAACACCUGGUUUAAGACCACAAUAAUUCUGGUGGAAACAGGAGAUUUGAGCAGCCGUGGUUUUAGGUUUUUUGGAUACAAUCCGGGUUAGCACCCGAACAUCCCUUUCAGACAGCUUCCUCUUACAGCGUCCACAGUUAAUCCUGUUGGAUGUAGUUGGUCCUUCUUGGUGGUAUGCUGACGUUACCCUGGAUACCGUGGCUCUUGAUACAUCACAAAGGCUUGCUGUCUUGAUCACAGAUGCUCCAGCAAGACGUGCACCAACAAUUUGUCCUCUUUUGAACUCUGGUAUGUCACCCAUAAUGUUGUGUGCAUUGCAAUAUUUUGAGCAGAACUGUGCUCUUACCCUGCUAAUGAACCUUCACACUCUUACUGCUCUUACUGGUGCAAUGUGCAAUUAAUGGAGAUUAGCCACCAGGCUGCUCCAAUUUAGCCAUGAAACCUCCCUAAACACUAAAAUGAUGACAGGUGUUUCAGUUUCAUUGUCCAACCCCUGUAGAUCAAGGAUAUAUAAAUACAAACAAUACAAAAAAACUAUUGAGAGUAUAGAAGGUAGUGCAGUAAUACAAAAAAUAAUUAAGGUAAAAGCAGGUAUCAGCAUUUACAACUUUAAUUAAAAAAACUCUAUAGCUGCUGAUUCUCUGCCGAACAGCUACACAAACAUGUUUACACAAACAAAAAAAAUCAUUAUAUAUAUUUAUUGCAUUUUUUUUUUCUUAAAUUAACCUAAAUACUAUUUUAUUAUGAAACUGGAAGCUGCUUGUUGACUCUAUGAAGUAUUUACAAGAAACAAAGAACCCAGACCGAAACAAAAAGGUGCUGAACUGUAACUGGUGCUGACUGUUAAUGGUUUUUACUAAACUAUUUAAACUGGAGUACAUGUUCUAAAAACAUGCUAAUGCACAAUGACAAUAGCUAGUCGAAAUAAGCUUCCAUCCUCCUUCUAUAGCUCCAGCGUACAACUAAGGAAGUAAUGAAUCUGACUUGCUACAUUUGCGGUGAAGUAGGAAGUGACUGGGGUUAAUUUGGUGGGAUUUUUCCCCGCCAAAGUAUUGAAGUCUUACCUACAAAAGUAGUGCUGUUUGUGUCAAUAGUGCUGAAUUAUGUACUGGAUCAGUAUUUGGGGCGAUGCUGUGUUACACAGUCUGUUAAUCUGAAGGUGAUUUUUACAGCAUGAGUUUAAAUAAAUGUUUACAGGUUUGCACUAAA